CAGGUCAUCGCAGGUCUGUGAGGUGUUGGUGACAGCAGCAGCAGCAGCAGCAGCAGCACAUGACGGCUGAUUUAUCUUGUUUACCUUCUGAGCAUCAGUGCGCAUCCCCCCACCGCCUCACUGAUUUACUGUAUGCUGGGUGUUUGCAGCAGCCGCCUUCUCACUGGCUGAUCUCACAGCCUCCAGUUUGGUCUACAUUCCCUCCAAAAACAAUAUGAAUUUCGACCAGAUCCUCUCUGCUAUCGGCGGCUAUGGCAAGUAUCAGAAAAUUCUGUACGUCUGGAUUUGUUUACCUCAGAUCCUACUGGCCUUCCACAUGAUGGUGAGCAUCUUCACCGGGGCCACUCCGCCCCAUCAGUGCCGGGAGAACUCCAGCUCGGCAGCAGGGAAUCAGUCCCUCAGCCCGGCUACACUCACCCUGAACUUCAGCCUCGCCGACUCCUCCUGCUUCUCCUCGGAUGUCCAGCUGGAGGACAACCGGACUGAACGCGUCCCGUGCGGCCACGGAUGGGUCUACAGCAAAGACACUUUUCAGAGCACCACUGUCACAGAGUGGGACCUGGUGUGUGACAGAGCCGGGCUGAACAGUCUUGGGUCGUCCAUCUACAUGUUUGGCCUGUUGGUGGGAUCUGUGGUGUUUGGAGCCAUGGCUGACAGGUACGGCCGGCGCUUCGUCUUGCUGCUGUCCAUCGCUAUCCAGACCGUGUUCGGAGUCGCUGUUGCUUUUGCACCGAACUUCCCAGUCUAUGUGAUUCUUCGCUUUGUAGUUGGCACCACAAUAUCUGGAGUCAUCAUCAAUGCUUUUGUGCUUGGUACUGAGUGGACGUGCACUAAGAGACGCAUGAUGGCAGGUGUCGUCACAGACUUUGCCUUCGGUCUGGGUUACAUGCUGCUGGCCGGAGUGGCAUAUCUGAUACGGGACUGGAGAAAAUUACAGCUUGCGAUAUCAGUCCCAGGCUUCCUACUCGUCUUCUAUAUAUGGGUGGUCCCUCAGUCUGCCAGAUGGUUGCUGACCAAAGACAGGAGAGAGGAGGCCAUCGCACUCCUCCGCAAAGCAGCACUUGUUAACGGCCGGGUCUUACCGCCUGCUGUUCAGGUCGAAAAGUGUGAGCUUUUCAUUAGAGGGAAGCAAAAUGCCUCGGCAGUGGAUCUUCUACGGACGCCUACAAUGAGAAAGAGAUCCUUCAUCUUGUUCUACCUCUGGUUUGUGAAUGUGCUGGUGUAUUAUGGCUUCGCACUGGGCGUGUCCAGGUUGGGGACGAACCUCUACCUGACCCAGUUUAUUUUUGGUUUGGUCGAGAUCCCGGCUCGCUCCCUUGUCCUCAUCUCCCUGCCUUGGAGCCGCCGAUUCUCCCAGACUGGCUUCAUGGCUGUUGGAGGGCUCGGCUGCCUCCUCAUGCUCACAGUUCCUGCAGGACAUCCUAACGUCCUGACAGGUUUUGCCAUGGUAGGGAAGUUUGGCAUAUCAGCUUCCUUUGCUGUCAUUUACGUGUACACUGCUGAGAUAUUCCCCACCGUGCUCAGGCAAACAGGACUAGGUGCAUCCAGCAUGUUUGCAAGGAUGGGCGGUAUGUUAGCACCUAUUGCCAACAUGCUGUUUAACCACAGCCCUACAGCACCCCUCAUCAUCUUCGGCGCUUGCUCAUUUGUAGGUGCACUCCUGGCUCUGGCACUGCCCGAAACUGCCAACAUGCCGCUUCCUGACACAGUGGAGGAUGUAGAAAAGUGGGACAACAGCAGGUCGCCUAAAACCAAGGACAACCCUGAUAUGUGUGAAGAUAUUAACCAGUCAGCAAGCAGCACAGAGAAGCAGGAGCUACAGCAUCCAGCUGGCCAGGCUUAACAGUGUGAUAAAGGUUGCACUGUCUCACUAAUCUCACAUUAUGCUGCUGCAACUCAGAUACCGGACACACUAUUUACCACAACAUCCUCUAUGCAAGUACAUAUCUGAUUAUAAGCUCUAUGCAAGAAAGUCAACAUGAUCUUCCCCCAAAUGUUUAUUUCAAUUCUAAGAAGUGGUUUGAUAUAUUUUGUAUAUGUGGGGACAUUAAUUAAGUAGUUCCCCAUAGGGCUUUGCAGACACACAAACUGUAGAAUUGUAUACACCAAUCUGCCACAACAUCAAAGCCAUCUACUGUGUGUUAUUAUGUUCAUCAACUCCACAGACCCCUGAAGGUGUUCUGUGGUAUCAGGAACCAAGAUGUCAGUAGCAGAUCCUUGAAGUCCUGGAAGUUGUAAUGUGAGGUUGUCAGGAUCUGACUUGUUUUUUCAGCACAUCCAACAGAUGCUCAAUCAGGUUGGGAUCUGAGGGAUUUGGAAUCCAAGUCAAAACCUUGAAUUCCUUGUUUCACCAGACCAUGCCUGAACAAAAUGUGGCAGAUUUGUCGUUACGCUGCCCCAUAUGCAGCAAGCUGCAAUGCACCGCGUUCUGACAUCUUUCUAUCAUAGCAGCAUUAAGGUUUUCAGCAAUUUCUCCGACAGUAGCUCUUCUUGGGGAUAACAUGGGCCAGCUUUCCAUCCCCACGUACAUUUAUGAACCUUGGGCGUCCAUGACCUUGUCACCAAUUCACCACUCCUUACCUUAGCUAGGUACUAAUUACUGCAUACGAGGAACACCCCACAACACUUGCCAUGUUGGAGAUGCUCUGUCAACUACUAAUCCUGAUUUAACUUUUGCCAAAGUCACUCAGAUCUUCAUGCUGCCUACUAUUCCCAUGACCCACACGUCACCUUUCAGGGAUUGACUGUUCACUUGCUACCUAAUUUAUCCCACCCCUAGGUACCAUUGCGACGAGAUAGUCAGGUUACUUAGCCUGUCAGUAGUUUGAAUGUUUUGGCUGGUUGGUGUAUAUUUAUAUAUCUUGGGUCCAAAAAUACUUUCUAAACCUGUACUGAUUUUAAGAAUAAAGUUGGAUAAGAAGCUGAACACAUUGCCACUGUCUCUCUAAUGCAGUUCCUAAUAGUCCUGUUGAGCAGCUAUUUUUUUUUCAGGACUUAUUACCUUUUGUGCAUUUCAUAAAAACUCCUAAAAUAUUUUUGUAUGAAUGUGUGUGAACUGUCUCUGGGAUGUGUUUGUUGUAUCGUAAUGCUGUAUUGCAAAUCAAUGCCUCAUCUUUUAUUAUAUGUUUUCAAGCCAAGACAAAUGAAACUAUUCAAGUGAGUGCAUGUACUAGCUAACUCUGUUGUACCUAAUGUAGCCUUUUGUUUGAUGGCUGCACUUAGUUCAGUUUUGUAUGUAAAAUUUGGAAUGUGACUGAUCAGCAUGUGAAAAAAAACGUGGUUUUAGCAUCGUUUGUAGGGGUUUAUUCUUCUUCUAUUUUACUAAAGUCUGCUCAACUGCAAAUCGCUUGUGGCUAUGAUGACUUGGCUCUGGAAGAAUGCAGUACAUUUUAGAAGUGUUUAAGGGCUGUCAUUGUGUAUAUGAAUUAGUGAUGCACUGACGGAAGUGCAGGCAUUCACCAGAAGCGCAGGUCAUGUAAUAUGCUACUAUAAAGCUGUGCUGAUACUCAGGGCAAAAGGAUUUAGCUUUUUAAAAAGUCUAUUAUUCCUUUAGCAAAGCUAUUUAAUAACUGGUUACCAGUUGUUCCACUGCAUGGAUCUGAGAAAGCAUGCAGCAUGUGGUUAGUUAGAUGAAUCACAGAUGUCACUGAAGGCUGUAAAUGGAAAACUUUUCAGAUUUUUAUUGCAAUGCGUUCUUGUCCAGUGCAUUUGAAUAAAACACAAUCUUAAAAACAAAAACAAAAAAACAGUGGAAAUGGUUAAUAAAAUGUACUGUGUCUAAUUAAAAUGAAGGCACUGUGUGUUUGGGCCUUCAGCAAUACCAUUAAAAUUUAAAAGUGGA